GCGGCUGGGCGAAUUCUUGGCUGUCCGGCAAGGCUGCUCCUCGGCCCCGCUCCGGGCAGGAAAACCUUUGGAGGAAGUUCUGCUUGCAGGAUCCAAUCUGGGUCAGUCACCGGGACCAGAAGUUUCGUCUUCUGAGCUUUUGGACUCGUGCUGGAGCCCAUCCUCCUGCCCAUCUUCCAACUUUUUGGCCAAAGUUCUUGUUAGAGUUUCCUUUGAUGGAAAGCCCUGGAAACGAGCAGCCCCUGGAAAAUAUGCAGAGGGGAGAACAAUGUGGGCAAAUGUCCCCUCAGAUAAAUCAGCGGAGACAUUCAAAAUGCUCCGAGUGUGGAAAAUCCUUUGCUCACCGGUCCCUCCUUUUGAUCCACCAGAAACUGCACACGGGGACUGGAUCCCACCUGUGUUUUCUAUGUGGGAACUCCUUUCCUGGACUCUGGAGCUUUGCCAAACAUCUCCGGAGCCACCCUGGACUGAAGCCUUACAAAUGCGGAGAGUGUGGGGAACGUUUUGCUAAAGGCUCGGACCUUGGAGCCCAUCAGCGAAUCCACCAGGGAAAGAGAUCUCAGGAAUCCUGGAAGUGCUGGGGAAGAUUUCCUGACAGACGGCGUCUUUCUUGGCCUCAGAAUAGCCCGACUGAAGAGAAGCCCUGCAAGUGUGUGCAAUGUGGGCUGUGCUUUUCUCAAACCUCACAGCUGCUUAAACAUCAGCAAAUCCACACCAGAGGGAAACCUUAUCAAUGUCUGGAGUGUGGGAAAUCUUUCCAUUAUAAACAAUUGUUUAGAAAACAUGAGAAAAUUCACAAACAGCAGAUUCCUUAUAAAUGCUUAGAGUGUGGAAAAUGUUUCACUCGGAGCACAUCUCUUUGCAAACAUAAUAAAACACACACAAAGGAGGAGAGCAAAACAUGCAUAGAAUAUGGGAAGUGUUUUUCCAGCAAAUCAAACCUGCUGAAACAUCAGAGAAUUCACACUGGGAAAGGAUCCUAUCAGUGCCCAGAAUGUGGGAGAUGUUUUGACUACAACUCAUGUCUAAUUCGACAUGAGAGAGUUCACACCGGAGAAAGACCCUAUCAAUGCCCAGAAUGUGGGAGAGGUUUUGGCAGAAAGUCAACCCUAAUUCAACAUCAGAGACUUCACACCGGAGAAAGACCCUAUCAGUGCCCAGAAUGUGGAAAAAGUUUUUCCCGAAGGACACAACAAAUUCGACAUAUGAAACUUCACACCCGAGGAAGCCCCUAUGAGUGCCCAAAAUGUGAGAAAAGAUUUGUGGACUCUGCUAAACUUCGGAGACACCAAAGGCUGCACAUAGGAGAAAAACUAUAUAAAUGUAAGGAUUGUGAUAAAUGUUUUUCUAAAAAGUCUCGUCUUUUUGAACAUCAGAGUAUCCAUACAGGGGUGAAGCCCUAUAUGUGCAUUGAGUGCGGAACAUUUUUCCGUACAAUACAAAGCCUCAGAAAUCAUGAGAAUGUUCACAGAGGGGAAAAAAAGUUCAAAUGUUUAGACUGCGGGAAAGCAUUUGCUCAUUCAUCAUCCCUUAGAAAUCACUGGCAAACUCAUACGGGUGAGAAACGCCAUAAAUGCUCAGUGUGUGAGAAAUCUUUUACCCGGAAAGAUACACUUGUGAUUCAUCAGAGAAUCCACUUAGAGAAGCAAUAUAAAUGUCUGGAGUGUGAGAAAUCUUUUACCUGGAAAGAUUCACUUGUGAUGCAUCAGGGAAUCCACUUAGAGAAGAAAUAUAAAUGUCUGGAGUGUGAGAAAUCUUUUCAUUGCAAAUAUUAUCUUAGAAAACAUGAGAGGAUUCACAAAGGAGAGAAGCCUUUCAAGUGUGUGCAGAAAAAUGAAAAGUGCCCAGAAUGUGGGAGAUGUUUUGCCAGAAAAUCAUACCUAAUUCAACAUCAGAGACUACACACUGGAGAAAGACCCCAUCAAUGCCCAGAAUGUGGGAGAUGUUUUGGCUACAAGUCACACCUGAUUCGACAUCAGAAACUUCACAGUGGAGACAGACCUUAUCAAUGCCCAGAAUGUGAGAAACGAUUUGUGGAUUCUUAUAGACUUCGGAGACAUCAGAAGGGGCACACAGAGAGGCCCUAUAGAUGUGAGGAAUGUGGAAAAAGUUUUCUCUCAGCAACACUGCUUCAGGUUCAUUGGAGAAGCCAUACAAGGGAGAAGCCAUACCUGUGUGUGGAGUGUGGGAAAGGUUUUUCCCGAAAACAACACCUUGGAAAGCAUGAAAAGGUCCAUAUGCGAGUGAAGCCAUAGAGAUACAUAGAGCAGUGGUUCUCAACCUUCCUAAUGCCACAACCCUUUAAUACAGUUCCUCAUGUUGUGGUGACCCCCAACCAGGGGUGGGUUCUAAAUUUUUUUACUACCGGUUCUGUGGGCGUGGCUUGUUUUGUGGAUGUGGCUUGGAAGUCAUGUGACUGGGUGGGCGUGGCUAGCUGGUCAUGUGACCGGGUGGCCAUGGCUAUGUGUAUAGGGACUACU